AUGGCCGACCAAGGCGGAAAAGAUGUCAUAUCGCGGGAUAUCGAAGAUGACAACUUGGCGGCCUCGGCCGAAGGACGAAAGAUAUUCAUCUCGGCGACGGUCAUUCUCCUCAACUUCAACGUCACGCUGGGCUCCUCGCUCCCCAGCGGCGCGGCAUCUACCCUGAAUGCCCAUUUUGGCAUCACGGAAAAGCUCCAAAAGCCGCUGCCUGUGGCCGUGUUUCUCGUGGGCUAUAUCUUUGGCCCCAUCAUCUUUGCCCCCAUGUCCGAGUCCUGGGGGCGCCGGCCGGCCUUUCUGAUUUCCUUUUCCAUAUACACGGCGUUUACCCUGGGAUGCGCCCUGGCACCCAACUGGCCGGCGUUCCUCUUCUUCCGGUUCAUGCUGGGGUGCGGCGCGGCGGCGCCCCAGACCGUCUCGGGAGGGCUCUUCUGCGACAUCUACGCCGACCUCCGGCCUCGCGGGCUGGCGGUGACACUGCUGGGCCUCACGAGCAACGUAGGCCCCCUCUGCGGGCCCAUCAUCUCGGGCUUCACGUCGACGAGGGUCUGGCAGUGGCAGUUUUGGUGCGCCCUCAUCCUCGCCGGCGUCAACUGGCCCAUGCUGCUGGCCAUGCCCGAGACCUUCCCGCCCGUCCUCAAGGCUCGCCGCAUCCGGAAUGUCUCGAACCGUCCGUCGAGCACCCCUGCCGCUGGCAAAGCACCCUUCAACCUUGGGAAGCAGGCGCGGAUCCUCGCGCGCCCGAUUCGCCUCCUCUCGGAGCCGCUCGUCUUCUUCACCGACCUCUUCAUCCUCUACCAGUACAUCAUCUUCUUCCUCUACUUCGGGGCGUACCCCGUCAUCUUCCGCGGCACGUACGCCAUGCCGGACGGCAUCUCUGCCCUCAUGUUCAUCCCGACGGGCAUCGGCGCCGUGCUGGCCAUCGCCAUCUUUGUCGCCUGGGACCGGUUUCACAAACGCAGCGCCGACAGGGGCAAGGCCUGGGCGCUGCAGGAGGAGUACAGGCGGCUGCCGCUCGCGUGCAUCGGGGGGCCCCUUUUCGCCCUCUCCGAGUUCUGGCUGGGCUGGACCGCUCGGCCGAGUAUCCCUUGGGUUGUGCCGGCGCUGUCGGGCAUCCCCCUGGGCAUCGGCAUCGACCUGACCUUUAUGGCGCUCAACAACUAUCUGACCGACGUCUACGGCAUCUACAGCGCGUCGGCCCUCGCCUCGAGCGUCUUCACCCGCAACGUCCUGGCCGCCGUCAUCAUCCCCCUGACCACGUAUCCGCUGUACGAGAACCUGGGGACCAGCUGGGCCUGCACCCUGCUGGGGGGGUUGUGCGUGCUCCUGACCCCGAUCUCGUUUGCCUUUAUCCGCUGGGGCCCCGUGCUGAGGGCGCGCAGCCCCUUUUGCCAGAAGCUGGCUCGGGCCGACGGUGACGACCAUCGUGGCACCUCGGUGGAAGUGGUGGUGGCGCCUUGUUGA